AUGCCACCUCCGCUACCUUCCCACCACCGCGGUAUGACCGCAAACCCCCUCAAACCUAGCCGUUACCGACCGGGAAAACCGAUUGCCGAAGAGCCUUCGUCAUCUGAGGAAGAGGAAGAGGAAGAUGAGGAAGAACAGAUCAAGGAGCAGGAACGGCGCAGGUUAGAACAACAGCGGAGACAGCGGGCGCAGGCACCGAAGGCGACUUCUUUCCCCGGCGGAAACAUUACUAAAGGGGUGAAAAAUGUGCAAAUAGAAGAGGAUGAAGAUGAGGAGGGCUUCGUUACUGAGGAAGAAGAGGAAGAGUCUAAACCUCCCCCUCGUGUUGCUGGCGACAAUGGGGGUGCUGCGGCCGCAGCUCCUGUUCAAGCAGCGGGUGAGCCGGUGAGCAAAGAGGAAAGUGAGGAAGAAGAGGAAGAGGAGGAAGAGAGCUCCGAAGAAGAGAGUAGUUCGGAGGAGGAGACGCCGAGGAGGGUUCUUCUACGACCUACAUUUAUCAAAAAAGACAAGCGCAACAAUGCAGCAAAUCAGACACAAAACGGGCAGGGAGCAUCACCUAAUACAGCCGCUGCGGAUUCAGCGGCGGAGGCAGAGGCCCGCAGAGUGCAGCGACAAGAAAAGGCCGAUAUGUUAGUGCGCGAGCAGUUGGAGAAGGAAGCAAUUGCCCGGAGCGCUGCAAACAAGCAAUGGGAUGACGAUGAAUUAGAGGCAGUUGAAGAAAAUGGUAUUGACGACAAGGAUGGAAUAGACCCCGAAGCCGAAUAUGCCGCCUGGAAACUCCGCGAACUCAAGCGCGUCAAGAGAGAGCGUGAGGCAAUCGAAGCCGCCGAGAAGGAGCGCGAAGAGGUCGAGCGUCGUCGGAACUUGACAGCGGAGGAGCGUGAACGCGAAGACCGCGAAUUUAUUGCCAAGCAGCAAGAAGAGAAGGAAGCUACUCGAGGACAGGGUGGAUUUAUGCAACGCUACUUUCACAAGGGUGCCUUCUUCCGCGACGACCUGGAGAGGGAAGGAUUGGACCGGAGAGAGCUCAUGGGUGCCAGAUUUGUGGAUGAUGUAUCGCGCGAAACUUUGCCUGAGUACAUGCAGAUUCGAGAUAUGACAAAACUUGGAAAGAAGGGUCGGACACGAUACAAGGAUCUGAAAACGGAAGAUACAGGACGCUUCGGUGAUGGCUUUGAUAAUAGACGUCGUCGCGACGCUCCGGUCGGCGUCAGAGAUGAACGAUUCCUGCCGGAUCGGCCAGAUGACCGACCUAAAGGGCCUACGGGAGCCAAUGCUGGUCCGGUGCGCGAGAGACGGAGGUCGAGGUCUAGAUCAUACUCACCAAGACGGGAUCGACGACCUGACAGAAGGGAACGUCGUGAAAGUCCUGACCGAGACCGUUCGAGAGAUCGGUACCGCCCUGACUCGAGGAAUCGCAGGAAACGAAGCCCUUCUCCGUAUGAUGAUCGCGAAAAGCGCAGACGGUUGGGAAGUGUUUCGUGA